AAUGAUCCUUACUGACUCAAAGGGUAACAGGUUCCGGAAGAAAAUGUCUCAGCCCUUUAUUUAUUUAUUUAUUUACAAGUCUAUCUUCAAGUCUAGUCAGUCUGAGAAACCACCACGAGUGUCUAUUCAAGCAGAAGGAUCGAUGGCAUGGAGCAGCCAGACCGUGUCCAUUUUAUAGUUUGUGGCGGUGGCUACACCUGUGACCAUGAGGUGGUUAUUGCUGAAUGUCUGGCUGACAGCAGGACAGAGGGAGGAAAGGGAAGCUUAAAUGAGUGAGAGGCAGGGGGCAGAGAGGAGGAGGAGUGACAGAAUGAUAGAGUGAAUUAAUUCAACCUUGGCCAGCCCUGAUUGACUCAGUAGCAAACUGGCAUGUACAAACAUUCCCAGUGACACCAAAGCUAUGGAGAGAGAAAAGAGGAAUGACAUGUCUUUCUCCAGAAAGAGAAGUUUCACUUUUGGGGCAUAUGGAGGUUCUCACUUCCUUGUUUACAGUGUGGACAAAUUCACAUGUGGGGAUGAGACGAGACCUGAAUCUGCAGAGGACAACAUAGUGGACAUCCUGGACUCUCCUGCCAGUGACAGAAAGCCUUUCCUCUCAGCCAGCAACAACCAGAGGGACACAGAGCUGUUUGAAAUAAUUGAAAAGCUGCAGGGCAGCAGGAUCGAUGAGCAGAGGUGUGAAUUUCCUCUUCCGCUGAAGUCUCAGCUUUUAAAGAUAGGUGGAGGAGACCUGCCACUCAUCCUCCCUCCAAAGCUAGGGGGCUACUGGAUAGACCCCCCUCUGGCGAGGCUUGUAGAUGUGAGUCCCACCUCCUCCCACUGUGGCGUUGAUCCAGAGAGCUACGACAUUAUGGAGAGAGAUGGGGAGGCCAAAAUCUAUCACGAGUUCUUCCGCUCACGUUACCAUCACUCAUUUACAGCAGUGGAUCCGUCUUUGGGGCCCCUGGUUCUCUCUGUGUGUUUGGAGGAAGAGGAGAGCAAGCUGCGGGUGAUACUAAGAAUGAAGCAGUGCACUCUGCAUGGAGCUUUCGCUGUCUCUCUUUUCCCAAACAUCCCAUCUGCUGUUGAAUUAGCAAAGAUGCUCUGUGACAGAGUGACUGUCUCAAAGUUUGAAGUGGUCAGCUUCCUCAAGGCUCCAGAACUCAUAACCGCAUUUGACGAACACAGAGUGUCUCCUAAUUUUAAGUUUGGCAUUUUGUACCAAAAGGACGGGCAGUUCACUGAGGAGGACAUACUUUGUAACAAUGAAGAAAGUGAAGAGUUUAAAGAACUCCUUUCUAUUUUGGGAGAGACGGUUCAACUGGAAGGCUUCACCGGGUUCAGAGGAGGACUGGAUGUAUGUCAUGGUCAGACAGGAAGGGAAGCUGUCUUCACUUCCUUUCAUGGGAGAGAAAUCAUGUUCCAUGUCGCAACUAAACUGCCUUUUACAGAGGGCGACCCGCAGCAGUUACAAAGAAAAAGACACAUUGGUAAUGACAUUGUAGCUUUAGUCUACCAGGAGAGCCAAACCCCGUUCCUGUCUGAUGUUAUCAAGUCUCAUUUCCUGCACUGUUUCCUGGUGGUCCGGAGGAUUCAGGUUCCAGAGGAGAAGACAGGUGAAACUGCGUACCAGGUGAGUGAAAGACAAGCCCACUUGGAUACACGUUUCCUGCUGAGAGAGUUCCUUCUGACCAAACUCAUCAAUGCAGAGAUUUCCUGUUAUAAGGCUCAACAAUUCAGCCGGCUAGAGCUCCGCACCCGUUCGCUGCUCCUGGAGAGCCUGCAGGCUGAACUCUCCACCCGUUCCCAGUACAUGAUGGGGGAUCCAUCUCUGUCUGUUCUCCCAACUUCUGAGGUUACACGAGGGGUGUCUGAGGGAAGUGGGGGAUUCAUUGAAAAUUUUAAGAGAGCCAUAAGAGUGCGGAGUCACUCUUUCGAGACUCUUGGGGUGCCAAGGAAGAUUGGUGGCAUUGUAACACAGAAGCAAAAGACAGAUAAAGAUGGAGAGAGUGACAAAUCUCCAGGACCUCUGCCUGCUGACAGUCAAGGGUCGGCUGAACUCAAAAAUCAAUCAAGUCCUCAAGAAGAGACAUAAAAGGAAAUAUCAAUUUGUAGAUUUAAGAUUUAAUAUACUCAUACAUUGCUAGCGUAUGGUUCCUACUUUCUCUUCCUGUUGGAUGGCUUAAAUGUAAAUAGAGUGUAAAGGUAAAUAGUAUUUUUUUGAGAAUAUAUUUAUUUUGCUGUCAUAGCAGUAUACAACAUUACUUAAAAGCUCAAUAUUGUAUUUUAGUGAAAUGUUUAAGAAAUAAAUGUUUUGAGUCUACACAGUUUUUAAUAUCAAUAAAAAUCUUUACUUCAAUGAGGGAUGUAAAGAGAGGAAAUGGAGAGGAGAGAGAGUUUAUGUAUAACAAAGGAAAUUAGAUUAAGAUUAGCACAAUACGCAGAAAAUGAAGAAUGAUGAUUGUUUUGUUGAUGACAAUACACAUAAUGAUACCAGUAAAACAUGAUUAUUAAAAGAUUGAUGUUCAAUUUAGGAAUCAAGCAUGUUAUAACGAAUGUAAAAAGAAGCAAUGGAGAAGAAGAAGAAUAUACUACCAGUAAUUGAAGAAGUAUUCAGAUCUAUUCCUCAAUGAAAAUACUUUGAGUAAAAGUCUGAAUUAAACAUAUUAUCAUCAAAGUGUAUUAUAUGACAUAAUUGGAGUUAUUACUGAUACUGUAAUGUAUAAACUGUAUUUCAGGUU